AGAUUAUUUUUUUAAAUUUUCAUUUUUUUGUAUCUUAUAGAUAUUUUAUAGUUUUUUUAUGUUUAUAAGUUCUGUACUAGUCUGAAAAUAAAAAAAUACAGCAGUGUGAUAACUGAGAAAAGGUUUUAGGUAAAGAAGAUUCACCAGACUGCUUGAAACGUGUUGGUAGAUGUUAGUUAAAUUGACUAAUUUAGGUACUUUGCUCUGUCAGCAUAAUCAUUAUUGUGACCUUUAAUGUGCUGAAAUCAAAUUUAUUGACUGACCUGACCUGAAAAUGAGAAAAUGUGGGAACAGCAAAUGUCUUGAACCAGUGGGCAGGUCUCUGUCUCUGAUUGGAUGAUUCAUAAGUCAGUCAAGGGGGUUUAAAGUCGGUGGGCUGAUUAAAGUAGAUUACGAGGGGGAGGAGGGGGACAGAGUGUGUUCUGGCAUCACACUCCGGUCACUGCAGCGAUGGCUUCACCGUGGAAACGCUGCUGCUGCAUCCUCCUCCUUCUCCUCCUCCUCCAUCUGCAGUCGUCUACCUGCCUGGAGCGAACACCUGCAGACAGUGCCGCUGUCUCUCCUGUCCAUGGGAUGGCACAGAGUGAUGGAGGGAUGUGGAUGGAGGAUAGUUUUGUAGCUGCAGACCAACCGCUCAGACAAAUGCUGCAGUCUCCAGAUGUGUCACGGAGGAAGUUACUUCAGAUGGCAGGAGCUGCAGUACCCUUCCCUCCCCUCAAGGUGUUUUCCAGUGGGGAGCCGUGCCUCAUGUUCCAGGCCAGGAGACUCUCUUUGCGCUACGAGAAGCAGAAGCAGCUGGACCUGACGGAGCGAGCUUUCUCUCCUCAGAAACCUGUCGACACCAGCCAGUCUGUCUGCCGCCAGGACAAGGCUACGCUGGUCAUGAGGUUUGGAGAUGUGGAGGAUCUGAGAGCCCUGUCCCUCAGACUGCAGCUGUCCAACACCUUCUACGAGUCUUCAGGUCAGUGGUGGUUCUCGGUGGACAGCAUCUCUCUGCUCUACAACACGUCAGAGGAGGCUGUGUUCAAUGCCAGUGACGUCUACGCUCCAGCCUCCUCCUCCUACCACUGCCUUCAUGUCAGCAGCCUGCAGCGCCACAGCGCCCUGCUGCUGCCCAACAACGACCACGCCCGCCGCUGGACCAUCACCUUCACCGACUUCCAGAUUCAGGCAUUCAAUGUCACCUCCGGUAAGUUCUCUCCUGCGAGCGACUGCGCCACCUUCCUGACACCAGCCAUCCUGAUGGGCCUCAUCACUUCCCUCAUCCUGCUGCUGGUCCUGGCCUACGCCCUGCACAUGGUCGUCCACCUGAAACACAUCGAGCGUGACGACGACCACAAGGCCGAGAUCUACUUCUCGCAAUACCCAGAACAGCCGGAACACUGCUGCGUGGAAAAUGUUGCAGAGAAAAAUACUCUGUAGUGAAGCAAGGGGGAUAAUUAGAGACUGAUAACACAAACACAAAGAGACACUGAUGAUUUGAUGCUGACACCAAACCUCCGGUGUGAUGAUACCUUCAGCUCAGGAAUUAAUUUUUUAAACAUAUAUAGUGUUUUGUAAUUUGCCUGCUAGUGAAUUUCUGUAUUUAUCUUUCUAACAAAUUUGAGAAAAAUCUAAAUAAAAAAUGCAUCUUUUGUUUUG